CAUUCUCAGGCCUGGACCGACUCGGCUGGGGGCAUCGACGGCGGCGGCUUGGUGCUUGACUGCCCACUACAUAGGGAAGCCGAUCAGGCACACCGGAAGGAGGGGGAAAAAAAGAGAAGCCUCACUUAUCUGCCACUUCAUACCUUUCUCUAUCACAGCCUGGGCACGAAGCAUAACUUUGUUCUUUUUUUUUUUUUCUCGACACUCUUCGUCUCCGUUGUUGGCCCGUGUCAAAGAUGGAUUUCAGCGCCACUGCUGACCAGAUUCGGUCAGGGAAGAAGCCGGCCUUUUGUGAUUUUUCUCGGCAGCAUGCCCGGUCACUCGACGACGCUGACCCGAUCAAGCACCUGCGGAAAGAGUACAUUUUCCCAACAAAGGCUUCACUCAAGGACAAGGCGCUCAAGCCCGUAGUAUCAUCCGCGGCUUCGGCGGUGAAUGGAACCGCACAUGCAGCCGGCGGGCAGGAGGAGGACGGGGAGGGCGCCAUCUACUUCUGCGGCAACUCCCUGGGCCUGCAGUCCCGGGCGACACGGCGAUACAUCAACGCGCAGCUAGACACAUGGGCAUCGAUCGGGGUCAACGGCCACUUCACGGACCUGGAGGACUCGCCCCUGGUCAACUGGCAAGACAUGGCCGCCCAGUGUGCCACCCAGUCGGCGGGCUUCAUGGGCGCGUUGCCCAGCGAGAUUGUCUACAUGAACACCCUGACGACCAACAUCCACCUGCUGCUGGCUGCCUUCUAUAGGCCCACAGAGAAGCGCCACAAGAUCAUCCUGGAGUGGAAACCCUUCCCAAGUGACUACUACGCCAUCCACUCGCAUAUCCAGUGGCACAACCUGGACCCGGCAAAGUCCAUGGUGGAGAUCUGGCCCAAGGAUGAGAACCUGUACAUCCCCACCAGCCAGGUCCUGGCCACCAUCGACGAGCAUGCGGACGACACGGCCGUGAUCCUCCUCCCGGGGAUCCAGUACUAUAGCGGACAGCUGUUCGACAUACCGACCAUCACCAAGUAUGCGCAGGACAGGGGCAUCGUGGUGGGCUGGGACCUGGCCCACGCGGCGGGGAAUGUCGACCUCAAACUCCACGAGUGGAACGUCGAUUUUGCCAUGUGGUGCACGUACAAGUACAUCAAUUCCGGCCCGGGGUCCAUCGCCGGCGCGUUUGUGCACGAGCGCCACGGCAAGGUGGAGUGGGCCCCUGACAGCAACAGUGACGACGGGCAGCCGAGGCCCGUGUUCCGGCCCCGCCUCAGCGGCUGGUACGGCGGCGACAAGAGCGUGCGGUUCCAGAUGGCCAAGCAGUUCCAGCCGACUCCCGGCGCGGGCGGGUUUCAGAUCGGCAACCCCUCGGCGCUGGACCUUGCCGCCCUGAGCGGCGCCCUGAGCAUGUUCAACGAGGCGGGCUUCUCGAACCUGAGGAACAAGAGCCUUGUGCUGACGUGCUAUGCCGAGGCGCUGCUGAACCAGAUCCUGGCAGACGAGCAGGGUGCCGACAAGGCCGCGUUCAUCACAGUGACGCCGGCCAACACCGCCGAGAGGGGCGCACAGCUGAGCAUCCUGCUGAGAGACGGCCUGCUGGACAAGGUGUUGGACGAGUUUGCUGAGGAGGGAAUUGUGUGCGACAAGCGCAAGCCGGACGUCCUUCGCGUGGCCCCGGUCGCCAUGUACAACAGCUUUGAGGAGGUGUGGAGGUUUAUGGAGGUGCUCAGGAGGGCACUGGGCGUGCCUCGAAGGUGAUUGAUUGAUUGCAUGACGGCCUUCGAGUCAGCGGUUGAUGCGGCCCGGAAUGAAAACUGAGAUCUCAGGCACAAGUUUUCGAGAAGGAAUGGUAGUUACAUCGAGACAUGAUGCAGCUUCAAUCUCAAGUGCUCCCUUGAGUGUGUCCACUCGAGGACAUUGCUACUGUGGUGACUGGGAAGUCCAGUCCUGUCUCGACGGUGAACGUUUUCAAAGGUUCGGCGGGCAACUAUGGCUUGUUGUUACACAGAUAUGUCCGCUUCGAGUCUGCGGCCCACGCUCACAAGGCUGCUACGCUCGCCCUCAGCACAGGUGUUACUGGCCUGGGUAGGAUUGAAUACCUAGGUAGUGAUAUGAGCCCUUACAAGAUGCGGCUCUUCAGAAGGCGGUCCUGAGGGAGGCGGGGGACUCAUAGCAGACAUGGUACAAUGGCUUCUGAAGUAGAGUUCUCAAGUUCUCUGGAAAACCACUUGCACCGUAUCAACACAAUUCGCCUGCGUCACUCAUGCUCAAGAAUAAGCAGCCGUCUGCCUGGGUAACAUGAAAAAGAGGUCUCAAUACCCAGCUGUGAGUAAUACCUACCUAGACCUCGCAAUGAGAACCGCAAUGCAACGCAAGAAUAGAUCUCUUACCGAAGUACAAUGGCUUGGGCCAACCAAUCGACAUCAGCAUCAAGCGGCUUUGCACCACAGGCAGGCCAAACACCCCGACGACGAGUUACCCCUGGCAGAGGCUUUCGUCGAAUUCUCCCCGAAUCAAGCGUCGACCAAUACGGUCUCAAGGUAGCAAGGCAGGCGGGGGAUUGGGAGUUUCCAGACAUGUUCGGCUAGCAUGUUCGGAGCUAUUAGCUCCGCAGUGCUGGGAUGUCGGCCAUUCUGUGACUAAAUUUCCGGGUUUGCCACCGACCAACACUGACGGACAACAGAGCCCUUCACCCUUAUAAGAAGAUGCGUUUGCCUUUUCAUCAAGUGGGUACGCGCCAGUGGUUCAGAGGUCAAGCUGUCCACACGUAUUCGACUUCGCCGACUGAUCCCGCAGCGCCCAGGACCAGGAGCCAGAGGGUGUUUGUAUCGCGUCUGGUUUACAGAACGAGGAAGAAUACGGAUUCUCGGGGUUAACAAUCCCCAAGAG